GGGAAAGGGGUUCGGGUUUCAGGGGUAUGGAUAAUAUUAUAUGUGACUCAGCUGAGCGGUGCCGGAAAACAAGUUCCAGAUCAAAACAAAACCACCGAUAAAGCUGGGGAGCUAGGGGAGCCAACAAAGCAGUGGCAAACUCCCCACACUUGGCCAAGUCGAUGGCCAAUACCCAAACCUUCGAGCGACCAGUUUCCAGUCGAGUUUUUGACGCGCACGCAUGCGCACUACAAUGUGAAAGUCAGCCACGACGACUCACGAUUGCCACAUUCACUUAAAGAGCUCUUUUGUUGCGGAAUAUCUGGUUGUUCCGGAACCAGAACUAUGGCUCAAACGGGACACCUUUUGUGGUUCUCAACGGUCUGCUGGAUUGCAUCAUGGAUAAGUGGAGCUGAUGCACAGCAUCUGAUCGCCUACAUCUCGCAGAGGGGUCUCCAUGGAGAGAUUACUUUUCGGCAAAUGAAUGCCAGCACGGUGGAGAUCAAGGCCAAUCUGGAGGCCACUCUGCAGUAUCCCGAUCAGGUUUGGAGUUGGGGAGUACGAAGAUUCCCCGUGGAUUACUCGAACACAGAUCCCGAAGAGCGCUGCGAACUGAGUCGCUUGGGUAGUCAAGUUUUGUCCUUCGAUGAGGAUUUGGAGUACCUAGUCCUCCCCGGAAAUGAAACUUCCUCGUGGGAACGCAAUAUGCAGCUAAUUGGAGAUCGAGGCAUUUGGGGCAAGUCACUGGUUCUCACCGAGGUCAACUCUAAUUUCCGGAUUUGUGCCACCAUAACAACCAUCCAAAGUUCCGUGGAGCAUAUGGCGGAGGCUCGAUUCAAUACUCCCAUCGCAGGAUCUGUUCACUUUCGUUGGUUGGCUGCUGCCGAAGGAGCCGUUGGGGAUACCUUAAUCUACUCGGAUCUUUAUCAUAUUAGAGAGCAACCAGCUCUUCUCGAAGAAGAUAAGAGUCAAGCUGGAACUUUUACCCAGCACCAUUGGAAAAUCUACGUGACGGAUAUCUUCAAGCAUGACCAUCAUCGCACCGAGGAUAAUUGCAAUUUUCUUCAGUUGGUCUUUGAUCCUCAGGGCGGUGGCGCUGGCAAGGGAAUCGGCGACCUGGAUGCUCGUCUGGGGAGGAUUGGAGUGGCCAAGAAUGCCCUGCGUUCGCCACAACGCAGUGUUUUCAGGGAUGCCAAGCUCGCCCUGUUGCCCUCGGAUCUCACUAUUCCACACAGGACUCUCUACCUGGUACUUUUCGAUAACCAACAUCCGGAUUCUUAUCUCGCCUGUACCAAGAUUCGUCAUGUUCAACCGUUGACUUACAAAACUUUCAUCAACUCGGGUGGAGUCAAGGGAGAAGUGACCUUCACUCAGCGUUCCAAAUUCGACCCGACUUUCCUCAAUUUCACCCUGGGAGCUCCGCUUUCCCAGCGCGUGAGUCGCAAGUUUGCCGAGGAUGUGGCCGCCUUCAGGAUACACAAUCUACCACCGGUGCCCCAGAGAAUGGGUCAUGAGGACUACUGUUGGACCACCGGGGAGAUGCAUAAUCCCCGCGAGAUAAACGAUAACAUACCACCGCCUGGCUAUGGAACCCAGGAGCAGUAUCCCCUGGGCGACCUCUCGGGGAAGCUGCAGGGUCGCAACAAGGGUUACUUCCAUCAGUAUGUCCUGCCAGGAACGAGUUCCGAGCUGAAUGGCCUCUAUUGGGAUGUCUUUCUGCCCCUUCAAGGACGUCACAGCAUCGCCCAAAGGAGCCUGGUCAUAUACACCUUCAAUCGAUCUGAUGUGACUAAUAUUACCAAGAUGAUAUGGGGCUGUUCCAGCCUGGGGGAAUAUCAAAGGAAUGGAAUCUACCAACGUGACAUGAUUACGGCUCAGGUUCUUUUCCGUUACCCAGUGGUGGGUCGUGUGAUCAUGCGACAGCCGGCGGAGCAGCCUUGGCAGGACACCACCGUUCUAUUUGAGUACCUAAUCCAGGCGGAUGGUUCCACACAGAAUACCACCCGUGAUCAUCGUUGGGCCAUCCAUAGCAAUGCACCUGGAAAGGAUUUCUAUGACUGGCAACAGAGGUGCAUCUCGGCAGGACCUGUCUUUAAUCCAUAUCGAGUAGAUUGGGGCAAUCGAAGUGUGGAUGACUUUUGCCAACCAAAUUUACCCUCGAUGUGCCGAAUGGGAGCCAUGGAUUCGAGAUUGGGAACUCUAACCAUUGCUGGAGGAAGAAGGGUGGCCCAGAAAAUAAGCAGGAGAAUGUUUGUGGAUGGUAAUCUUCCGCUCUCUGGAAGGCACAGCAUUCUAGGUAAGUCCCUGGUUAUCUACGAGGAUAGUGGUCCUAAAGCUAGAGGGGAGAGACUAGCCUGUUCGGCGGUUAUUGGACAUUUCCGUCGAAAAGUGGUGGCCAAGGAGUGGUAUGCCAAUGGAGAUCCCCUGACUGUUAGUGGUAGGGUCGAGAUAACCCAGCAAUCGGAGUACGAUGUUAGCAACGUCGAAGUGCAGCUGAAGGGAUUGCAGGAUAACACAGGAUAUCAUAUACAUAGGACCCCCGUGGAAGCCAAUCUGGCUUUUCCCUGCGAAGCCUCCACUUUAUAUGGCCACUGGAAUCCCUUCGAUGUGAGUCCCAAAUCAGCACCGCCUCCAAAAAGAGGAACCACCGAUCAGUAUGAGAUGGGAGAUCUGAGUGGAAAGUUUGGAGGCCUCGAGGGAGUCACGCAGUUCGAGGAUGCCUACAAUGAUACGAAUCUUCCGCUCUUCGGCUACAACAGCAUCAUUGGAAGAUCUGUGGUCAUUCAGAAGAGACAGAAGAAUGCUCGAUGGGCCUGCAGUACCCUUGAGCGAGGCUAUAGUCCCAGUGAGGCCAGGGAACUCAGGGCCAUUGCCUCGUUCCAUCAUCCCACUGGAUAUGCCUAUGGUUAUGUGAAGAUGACGCAGUUAAUCCACAAUGAUGGCAGUCAAUCGGAGACGGUGAUUGAGGUGAAGCUGCGGCAUCCUGGUAAAAACGAUAGGAACUCUACGAGAAACCACAACUGGCAGAUCUUCGUAAAUCCCGUGGGCGUGGAUGCAGCCGUAAAACCCACAAACACACGCUGUGUGGCUGGAGGAUAUGUUUGGAAUCCGUACUACACACAACUGGCAGAUCCCUUGAAUCUGGAUCUCUAUGAACAGGAGUGCAGUCCCGAUAAUCCUUUGCGUUGCUAUGUAGGCGAUGUUGGAGCUCGUUUGGGAACUAUAGAUCUUGGAGGUGAACGCGUAGUCCUUACCGACUCUAAUUUCCCCUUGGAGGCUCCUGUGGGAGCCAUUGGACGUUCUAUUGUGAUCUUUGGACCCGAUAAUUCCCACGAGAGGUUCGCCUGUGCAAAUAUAGAACCCGAUCACAAUGUCAUUAAAUACAUCAACCUGCAAAAGCCGCCCCGAUUUGUAGUUGCCCAGUUUCUGGAGGAGCUAAGAACCGUGAUGGGCAUUCCCGAGUGGAUGUUGGAUGUGGAUGCUCGGAAGACCAAGGAACUUCAUGGUGGCGCCUGCAUCCAGAUGAUCAUCCAUUUCAAGGGACCUCUGGCCCACCGAUUGGAGUUGGAUAUGUCCCGUUUGAUAGCCGCUGGGAGAUUGGAUGCCCCUAGUCUGUUCAUUCCAGGUUAUGUGAACCAAAAGAGAAAGGCCACCAUUUCUUAUCGCACCUGUGGUGUGAGGGAUACCAAUGAGAAAAGAACCAAGAACUUCAGGGGUAACUUUUAUUCCUCAAACUCAGCUCCAACCGAACCAAAGCCUUUUGUAUUAGCUUUCGUAGUCAUUGGCUUAGUCUUUAAGUUCCUUUAAAUCUUAAAAAUAAUGUUACUUUGUCAAAUACUCAAAUCGAUUUUAAAUAUCAACGUAGUCACUAGCUUAGCAUCUAGUUGUGUAUAAAUUCGAGGUUUUAUUUUAUUUUCUAUUCCUGUAAAUAAUAUUUAUACAUUUAUCAAAAAUAAUUGUACAGUAAUUAUUAUCAAAAUUUACAAAGAAAAUUGUUUAGGCUGUACAGUAACUAAUAUCAAAAUUGUUGAUUAAUAGCUAUUAAAUGUAGUCAUCUUA